GUAAAAAUGGUUUCGUCGAUUUAAAUCACGUUGUCAUCGUAAAUGUACCCUGUAAUGAAACACUUGAAUGUCUCCUCUUGUCGGCUUUUUAAUUAAACAACGAUAUUUCUAAAUACAUUAAGGCGAAAACUUAAUCGGCAGAUCGGUUGAUUUUGCUAUCGACCUAUGCGAAUCGGCAGCCAUUAUUGAAAGUUUGUCUAACCUUGCAUCACAUGUGACGGAGGGCGUGGUUAACUCGUCAUACGGAGGGGUCAAUUGCACUUAACCCAAACUUAUUGAAAACUAACCCAAAGUUAUUGCAUGAAAACUAACCCUGGGUUAAUGAAAACUAACCCUGAGUUUGCUAACCCAGAGUCAAAAGUGUUUUUCAGCAACGUUUUUUUAACGAGUGAUUGGCCAACCCUGGUUAUGGAAUUUAACUCAAAGUUAGUGUUAAUCAGUGAUUAAGUUAACCCAGGUUUCGAAUAACCGGUCCCUGCAGGCUACGAUUAAGUAUUUCCGGUGUAUGUAUGUAUUGGACUUUGGAGACGGCUUGGAGUUGAGAGUCGACUAUAAACCAAAUCGGUCGCCUAACAAAGUUAUGUUUUUUUAAAACACUAUUUUGUUUCCUGUGAAAAUAGACGUGGUUAGUUUGCAAGAUCCUAGUAUUGUACGUCGCAUAAAUCGUUCAAUAACCUCGGUCAUUCUGAUACGGCUGAAGUGCCAAAUGCGUACAUACCUUCACUGACUUUUUCUUUUUCUGUUUUAACUCGGGAGAGGUCUUAAUAACUCAAACACUGAGACCUAAAUCAAAAAUGAUUUUUCAGACAAAACUGGUAUGCGUUUUUGGUAUUGUUAUAACAGUCUGUCUACUUACUGUGCAGUCUAACACCGACUCUGUAAUUAAGGAAUUAUACAAGAAGAUAUCAGAUCUGCAAGAGAAGAAAGAUACCAAAUACAAACCUUUUCAACAAUGGAGGAAGGAAAAGGGAGGCUAUGGCAGCGAGGUAAAGGUCAACACACAUGGACCACCAUUACUAGCUUUUAUCCGUGACAUGCAGGGCGUGUAUGACAGUAAUAUGUUCGGGACGUCAUGGAUCACUAUAGUUCUGAUGGAAGCCUAUCUGUAUGGAGAUGGUCCAAAACCGUCAUCAAAGCAGAUUGUUCUAGCUCUAGAUUCCAUCAGCAGUUACCAUGACAAGAACCGUCACUACAAUUCGUCCAUCAUGAAUUUCUGGCAACAGAGGUACAACGAGUCGGUGGACUUCUGGCAGAGCUCUCCCGAUAAUCUCUACCACGUACUGGAUAUUAUCCGCAGUCUGCCAAUAAAGGAUAUAGAGAAACUUCUCGACUGGUUGGGCCUUAAAGAUGUGGAAAAGUUCGUAGAUAAACUCUAUAACAUGGUAUACUCCGCCGGCAGUGCUUUCCAAAUACCUCCGGACUUUGACGACAGUUUCUUGAACCUAGGCCUCGGAAGCUUGCUGUUGGAGAUGAAAGCCGAUUUCCCCACUGAACUGUCAUUGUGGAAAGAAAGCAACACGAAUGUGACGUCAGUGUUUGACGCUUUGAAGAGAUACGCCUACCGACCAUUCUCGGCCAAUAAAAACAUCAAUACCAUAGAUCCGAGGACCUAUUUCUACAUCCGACAUUUUCUUCUCGAUGCGCAUGACAAAUCACAAGAUGUUGCGCUAGUUACCACAUGGAUUCAGGACAUCGAGGAGGUGAUGGCGACGUACAAAAAAGGCGUUGCCAUGCCGUUUGGUAUAAACAAUGUUGAUGUCACAGUGUCAGCCAACUUCCUGUAUGGUGUGACGUCAUCAGUGUUGUGUGGACUUCAGCCAACUAAUAUUCUAGACGACAAACAAAUACAGCAAAUCUUUCUGAAUACGACUUUACUGAUUGCAUACGAAAUCAACGCAGAGUUCAUUGGUCGACGCGACCUUGCCCUUGUAUACUAUCCGUCACUAUUCGAAUUGUACUUCUUCGUAGCAAGGACAUAUGCUCUACUUGAAAGGACUGCAAAGUACAGCAAGUUACCACACCCAGCACUUGUAGAAGUUAUGUCGAUUCUGGCUCCAGUCUUGAAGGGUAAAGUCACACACGUGAUCUUGGACCAGGCCAAGCCAUUAGGAGACGACAUGGUUUUCUUUGAUGACUUUCUGGGGGACGGAGACUACACACGAGACAACAAAACAAUCAUACGAGCAGAAGACAGGAUAUUCACGACAGCUAUGGCUGUGAACUGUCUCAUUCGAACGUGGACAGUGUUUGACGAUAUAACAGGAAAACUUGUGUGGAUGAAAGAAACACCAUCAAAAGUAAUAGAAACUGCAUCCAAAGCGACCAAAUGGCUGACUGCUUUUACUCUGUCUGGCGACUAUAAACCUUGGAACACAUUUUUUUCUGGUUCCCGUAAAAGUUAUGAUAGUCUGCCAUUUUGGUAUCCAAUAAACCGACUGCAGUAUUUGAACGGCACGGAAAUCCACGACCAUAUACACUUCCCUCACGGGCUUUUCAUGCUCGGUGUCGAGGGCGUUAUUCCGGAAGCCCAGUAUGAAGCAAAUUUCAACCAAUCGCAUUUUGGAAUGAAGACGCCAACGAAAUUCUACGGCUACAAUGCUGGCAAGAGUGUCUUCCCCUUCUGGUCGUCUGACACGUAUACAUACGCCGUGACGAUGCUGGCGUUAGCACAGUUUGAAAAUACGGUACAACACUAGGCUACUAGAGACUAUAAGGAAAAUGAGAAACUUCAGAAGUUUGCACCAUUAAAUUUGGAUUAUAUUAAACUCCUUCAGAUCUGA